ACAGACCUCCGCGCGCCCCCGCCGCCAUGCAGAGGAAGCACCUCCAGGAAAUCCCGUCCUCCAGCAGCAAUGUCUGCAGCAGCUUCACGUGGGACUGGGACUCCAGCAAGACGUCGGAGCUGCUCUCGGGCAUGGGGGUGUCCGUGCUCAAGAAGGACAAGCUGGGCAACGAGAACACGCCGCAGGAGCUGCUGCUCUCGCCCUGCCCUCCGCACAAGCGCCAGAAGGUCAAGGAGAAGGAGAGGGACUUUGUGAUCGCGCGCCGGCCCCGGCUGCUCCGCGACGCAGAGCCAGGUGUUUCCUGGGAUGCGCUUCCAGAUGAGCUGCUAUUGGCAAUCUUUGCAUAUUUGCCCCUAAACGACCUGUUAAAAGUUUCCCUGAUUUGCAAGAGAUGGCGUCGCCUCUCGUUUGAUGAAUCCCUCUGGCAGACUCUGGAUCUGACUGGCAGGAAUCUGCUGCCGGGAGUCAUCGGGCAGCUGCUGCCUGCGGGCGUUACUGUUUUCCGCUGCCCAAGAUCCUGUAUUGGGAAUCCACUGUUUAAAAGCAGCAAACCACUCAGGGUUCARCAUAUGGAUUUGUCGAACUGCACGGUGUCUGUUGCAGAUCUGCAGAGCAUCCUCUGUCGAUGUGAGAGGCUGCAGAACCUGAGCCUGGAAGGGCUGGUUCUUUCUGAUGACAUUAUCAAGAGCAUUGCUCAGAAUCCCAGUUUGAUACGACUAAAUCUCUGUGGGUGCUCAGGGUUCUCUGCAGAAGCUCUGGAGUUGAUGUUGAGAAGCUGUUCUGAAUUGGAGGAGCUGAACUUGUCCUGGUGUGACUUCACUGCCGCCCACGUGAAAGCAGCAGUCACUCAUGUUACUUCAAAAGUAACCCAAUUAAACUUAAGUGGCUACAGACAGAAUCUGCAGAUAUCAGAUGUUAAGACUCUGGUGGAAAGAUGCCCCUCUAUUGUCCACUUAGAUCUAAGUGACAGCGUGAUGUUGAAGCCCGAGUGCUUCCAGUAUUUUCAUCAACUCAUCUUCCUGCAGCACCUGUGUCUUAGCCGAUGUUACCAGAUAUCGCCCGCUGCCUUAGUAGAACUUGGUGAAAUUCCUUCUUUAAAGACUCUUCAGGUAUUUGGAAUAGUGACUGAUAACUCCCUGCAGAUUCUCAAGGAAACACUUCCUGACCUGAAGAUCAAUUGUUCACACUUCACAACCAUCGCAAGACCAACUAUUGGCAAUAAAAAGAACCAUGAAAUUUGGGGCAUCAAAUGCAGAUUGACACUGAGAAAUUCUAGCAGCUUAUGAUCAUGAUUGCCUGGAUGCUAUGGACAUGGCUGGGUGUAGCGAGGCUCUUUGACAAGGCAGAGUGCUGGAGUACCUUUAAUCUUUGGUCUUGUGCCUUAAUGUAGUUUCAUAAAUAUUUUUACUGUUUAUUUUUUUUGUUACUUAAAGCCUUUAGAUAUCUUAGGAGCUGUGGGAAGUGUAGAGAUUUCUCUUUUAAAACCCUUUCUAGGACAGCUUUUUAAAAUAUUUGUGAAAAAUCAUAAUUAAGCUGUGUCAGUCUCUGGUGACUGUUGCAGGUUCUGAUGCAGCUCUUUGCUCUAAUAUUUCUUUCUCUCUUCCAACUCUCUUACUCUUGAAGGCUGGCAGUGCUGCUAGAUACUUAACAAGGCUCAUUAGGGAAUUGUCUUGGUCUAGAUUUGCAGAGCUCAAACUGAUUGAGGAUAUUAAACCUAUCCAAGGUGCUAACUGAACAAGGCUUUAACAACACGGUUGUAUGAGACACUACUGCAGUUUGUGAGGACAGAAGAGGCUCCAGCUGCUGACUUUGUGGAAAGCAGCAGGAGAGCGUGAUAGGGAUUUCACUACAAACGCAGCCAGGAGGCAGCUGAGCAGUGUUAAGGGAGCUACAGUGCCACCUUUCCCAGGCCCCAGAAGUAACUUCUAUUUUUAUUAUUGCUGGUUGAUAGCAAGGUGUAAAACAUGAUAGCCACCAUCUGCUUUUACAAUGUUAAUUAGAAAUGGGUUUCAUUUUUUUCCAUGUAGUUUUGCCAGAUUUUCUGUUACUGAAACUUAAUGUAGUUUUUGUCUGAAUUGGGAAAUGUUAUCUCUUGUCAGAUAAAAUUUCAUAGAAACAAUACUGUAUUUUCCUUAAUGAAUAAGAUCUUAACACUGUGAUCAAUGGAACUACUCCUGGAGGAAGGAGCACUAAUAUAGUUCUUCAUCUCAGACCAACAACAAACCCAUACCCAGGACUGCAGCAUGAAAAAGCAGAGGAAGAAAUCCUCUGGUGCUAUUGAGGGACAUCCCUUCUUCUAAUAGCUUCAAGUGCUCUAUCAUCCCACUUACUGUAAUGUAAGCCAGCACUGUUUUUAGUUUUUGUUGUUUUCUGUUUCUAAUUAAAGGGGCAGACAUGAAAAGCUAAAUAACUGUUUGAGAAACAAAAAUCUAAAGGGACAGUCAAUUCCAUCAAAUGAAACUUUGAUCUAGCUCCAUCAGCAGUGUCUUUCUGCAUGAGCUCGGCGCAUUUCAGCACACAGAAAGAUGAGUUUCCUGGCACAAAAUGUGCAUCUUUCAACCACUGGUACAACACAAAUACACUGUCCUCAUUCCAGUGACUCCAUGAAGCAAGUGGUAAGUUUAUUCAUGGAUAGUUGAGGUGAGCUAUGGUGAGAAUGGGUAGAGGGACAGAGCUUGUGCUUCUUACAAAAAAGAAGUUAUGGGCAAACUCUCCUGUGAAAGUUGGAAUGGGAGCUUGAAGGAAUCAGUAGUAAUUUGAAGACUAUUGGACAUUCUACUAUUUCACUUAAACUACUUACCAAGAGGGAAACCAAACCAAAAAUAAAAAAAAACCCACAAAACCAAACCACUGGACAGUUUGAGCUGCA